UCUUUUGUUAACCUAGCAUGUUAAAUACAGUUAGCAAACAACAGCGAAGCGGUUAGUGAGCCGGCGGUAUGUGUUCAUUCCGGUCUUGGUAGCUAGAUUUGUUGCAUGAUAUCUCUUGUCUUGUCGUUUGUUGGUACCGGUUUCAGCCAGCUGCAGGACAAUGGUUUAACGGUACGCGAUGCUAACGGCUCAUAGGGGUGCUCACCCUGUAUGAUGUAACACCAGAACCAGAUUUAGCUGUAUCUGUUGGUCGGUUAGUUCAAUUCAGUCAAUGAAAACCGUGACUGGUUGAAUAAUCUACUGCGGCUGAAAACGAGUCUGUUUAGCGCGCAUUUAAGAGUGAACCACAGCUAGCUUAACCCCAUGAUGAUGCUCCAGGAUGGGUCAACACAGCUCCUCUGCCUCACGGCCAGCAGCGGGGUUCCUCUUUUCACAAGGGGAGCCUCCAAACAGCUCCCCUUCUCUGUCAUCGGCUCCCUGAACGGUGUGCACAUGUUUGGAGGUGGUCAGGGGGCGGUGUUGUCCUGCUGUGAGACCGAAGGCGGGGGGAAGGUGGUGUGGAGAGUUUUCCAGGACAGUGUGAUGCUCAUCGCCGUGAGUGGAGGUGGACAAGGUGGACAAGGUGGUGGCGCGGGCGGCAGCAGCAAAGAUGAGGAGGUGCGUUUGCAACGCCUCCUGGAGAAUGUGUGGAACUGCAUGGUGCUGGUGUUGGGGCAGGAUGAGCUGGCCAACAUGAGGAAUAUUGAGAGGCUGAAGAGGGACUUACGGUCCUGCUUCAGUCUCAUUGACCAGCUCAUGGAGGACAGGCAAGAGGGCAUCCUGGGUAACCUGACACACUGUGCUGAUUCACUGCUGCCUCCAAAUUCUACUCUUCUUCAGGAGGCGGUGGAUAGCUUUGCACAGGCUUCCGACAGUGAGUUUGGUUGCCUUAUUGUCCACGGGCGAAUAGCUGCAGCAACUGAGAUGUGGUGGCGCCUAGCACCACAAGAAGUUGUGCUGCUCUCUGCUUUGAUGCGGUCCCUGUCGGCCUCAGGGUCAGCCUCCUGUGAUUACCCAGUUUUCCUUCCUCACGGCAGCCCCACUGUUGCCCAUCGCCUCCUCCGCUUCCAGCUGCUCCCUGGGGCAGAUGUGUGCGUGCUGUGCGGUCCCACCCCUUCCCUGCACAGAGCCGAGAGUGGGCUGGUAGGUCGUUUCUGGACACCCCUGGUGGAGAGCCUGAGAGACUGCCUGGCUGUUGGAGACCGCUGCUUACCUGCAUCUGUAUCCCUGCGCCCCGACGUGCUGGCACUUCUUCUCAUCAACCGUGAAACACGUCGCUCAGUCUCCUGUGUGCGGAGUCUUGCCAGUCACCUGCUCUCUGACCAUCCUUUACCCUCCAAGGCCCGCUGCUGGGAGCUGCUGAAGCUUUUCUACAUCUUCAGCACGACGCGCUACUUCAGCCAGGAGGAGGCGCUGUGUGUUCCACCAGAGGAGAGGCCUCAGAGAAGCAACAGUGAAGAUUUUGUCCUUGGAUUCUCACACCAGCCGCUACAGUGCUACCUAGUCACAGAGGAGUGCAAAAGCUAUGGACUUCAGACAGCACAGCACCAGCUCUUCUUGCUUAUACCACCAUCAGUCCCCACCUUCGCACUGCGUACGGUGGCCACACAAACUCUCUCUGAUAUAGUUGCAGCCACUGGGUUUUAAUGUUUUGUUUUGUUUUUUUUCAACAUCUCAGUUUUGGGUAAACCUACCAAGUUUGACAGAAUGGCUAUUCACCUGUAAUGUGUUCACUGCUGAUAUUUAGUUUUUUCCUCAUAUCUUUACCAGUGACUGCAAAUAGAAUCAGCUUCCAUCUGUUCAACUUAAUGCAAUCUUAAGUAUGAAAACAGUUGAAAAUCCCACACCAAAGUGACCUUCUUUUAGCUUUGUUUUGCAUUUAGGAGAUAAGUAAUUGAACAAGCGUGUCUAACUUCACUCACUUCAAGGCUGUUUCUGUGACAGCAGUGAAAGCUGGACAGACUGAAUACUAACAUUAUCACUAGGAUUGUACUGUAUCUCAAAAUGUAUUAGAGAAUCAUGUGAAAAGGUUACACUGGGAUUUAAGUGCCUGCUGUUUGUUGUGUGAACACUUUGAAUCAUUUGGCUUCAAAAAAGAUAAAUUAUUUAUUUGUAUGCUCCAGUUCUGAUCCUAAAUAUAGUUGGUUACUUUCUAUGAA